AUGCUGGCUGCUGCUCGCCACGGUUUAGCGAACGAAUACCCUGAUGACGACAGUACGAAGGAAGUUGUCCUACAGGCUGACGGAUUACAACAUGCGGGCACUGGCGACCGACACGUUCUCAUGCGUUGGUUAAAUAAGAUGGACGGCGAUGGCGCUCACAUCACUCAGAUUGUCCAACUCACUGGCGGACCUGGCAACUACAACUUCUUCACACCUGUCGUGAAGAAGCAGUCCGAGAACUCUCGCAACAGUAACACAUUUUACUCUCUUGGACAGUACACCAGGGUGCAGCGUGACCAGAUUAUCACGCUCGCGAAGGCGGUCCAAUAUGACAAGAGAUCGCGUGUUAACAGCUGUCGGACCUGGACGCGUGAUCUUCUCGAGGCUAUGGUCAAAGCCGGUCUGCUAUCCCAGACCAAGUUCGAGGAGAUCGACACCGGGGUUCCGCUCAGGAAGCGUGUUCCUGAGCUCCUUGAGGACGCUGCUUGAGCUUGGCAACACUUCUCCGCACACAAGGCACAGGGAUUGCGUGUUUUGCAGU